AUGUCCUUACGCCCAAACACAACUUCAAACCAUGUACAAACGUCGGCCGAUCGCAUAGCCAUUGCUGAAACAGAAAAAGAGAUAGCAGAGGUUGAAGCAGAGCUGAAUGCACUCAUGGACGAGAAUUCUAAUUUACUAGGCAGCGAGGAUGUCACUGAACUACUCCAGCGUCUAGCAAAUGCAGAGAAUAUGGCUGAAGACAUGGAGAGCAAGGUUGAUAGCGUUCUGCAAAAGCUGGACGAGCUUCUUUCUGGUCUAGGUGCCUCAGAGUGUGUUACGGGUCCAUCUGACGAUGGUGUGACGGGCGCCACUCCAACUGAAGAACAGCAUUCUGCACCUCUUCCCAGCACAGCAGUAGAAAGACCUACUUAA